AUGGACGUCAACCAGGUCCUCUCCGGCACCCUCUCGCCAGAUGCUGCUAUACGCUCCGCCGCGGAACAACAGCUUUCGUCGGCAGCUGCGGCCGAUUUCCCUGGCUACCUUACCACCCUCUCCUCCGAACUCGCAAACGAACAAGCACAGUCUCAAGUCCGCAUAGCAGCCGGUCUCGCCCUCAAAAACUCCUUCUCCGCCCGCGACUUUGCCCGUCUACGAGAGGUUCAGGAGAGAUGGCUACAACAGGUGGACCCGCAGAUCAAGACACAAGUCAAGGCACUGGCCCUGCAAACCCUCGGGAGCUCAGACAGUCGGGCUGGGCAGUCUGCCGCACAGUUCAUCGCCUCCAUCGCCGCCAUCGAGCUCCCGCGAAACCAAUGGCCCGAGCUGAUGCGUACAUUGGUGGAGAAUGUAGGAAGUGGGAACGAUCAGAAGAAGCAGGCGUCGCUCGUGUCCAUCGGUUUCAUCUGCGAGACGGAAGAUCAGGAACUGAGGGACAGCCUGGCACAGCACUCCAACGCCAUUUUGACUGCCGUGGUGCAGGGUGCACGAAAGGAGGAGCCAAACAACGACAUCCGGAAUGCCGCCAUCACUGCCCUCGGCGAUUCAUUGGAGUUCGUGAGGAGCAAUUUCGAGGAUGAGGGCGAGCGCAACUACAUCAUGCAAGUCAUCUGCGAAGCCACCCAAGCCGAGGACACUCGCAUUCAACAGGGUGCUUAUGGCUGCCUGAACCGUAUCAUGGGCCUUUACUACGAAAAGAUGCGCUUCUACAUGGAAAAGGCGCUCUUCGGCCUGACCAUUCAAGGGAUGAAGAGUGACGAGGAAGACGUGGCGAAGUUGGCCGUGGAAUUCUGGUGUACGGUCUGCGAAGAGGAGAUUAGCAUCGAAGAUGACAAUGCGCAGGCCCAAGCAGAGGCCACCGAGAUGCGACCGUACUUCAACUUCGCUCGCGUCGCCACCCAGGAGGUCGUCCCUGUGCUGCUCGAGCUUCUUGCCAGACAGGAUGAAGAUGCUGCCGAUGACGAAUACAACAUCUCGCGAGCGGCGUACCAGUGUGUACAGCUCUGGUCACAGGCAGUCGGUAGCCAGAUCGUGCCGCCCGUCCUCACCUUUGUCGAAGGCCAUCUGCGAGACAACGACUGGCACUACCGAGACGCGGCCGUGUCUGCUUUUGGAGCGAUGAUGGAGGGUCCGGAUGAGAAGGUGCUGGAUCCGCUGGUCAAGCAGGCACUCCCGGUGCUGAUCGAGAUGAUGAAAGACCCGUCGGUGCAAGUUAAGGACUCUGCCGCCUACGCGCUCGGACGCAUCUGUGAAGCCGUCUCGGAGGCCAUCGACCCUCAAACGCACCUUCAAUCCCUGAUUCAAGUGCUGUUCGAGGGACUUGCGUCGCACCCCAGAAUGGCGAGCUCUUGUUGUUGGGCUCUGAUGAACCUGGCGGAUAGGUUCGCCGGCGAACCCGGAUGCUCCACGAACGCCCUGUCCCAACACUUCCAAGCGAGCGUGCAACACCUGCUUCAAGCGACCGAGUCAACGCAAGACAAUCAGCUCCGCACUGCGGCGUACGAAGUCUUGAACGCCUUUGUCACCAAUGCCGCCAACGACUCCGUGCCCCUUGUCGCCAACUUGAGCGAAGUCAUUAUCGAUCGCCUGCAAAAGACGAUUCCCAUGCAGGCCCAAGUGGUGUCUGUGGAGGACCGUCUCACGCUCGAAGAGAUUCAAACCUCUCUCACCUCCGUGGUCAUGGCAAUCAUUCAGCGUCUGGAAAAGGAGAUUGCCCCACAAGCAGACCGCAUCAUGGAUCUCCUCCUCAAUCUGCUCAACAGCGUCGGCGCCAAAAGCUCCGUCCCGGACACCAUCUUCGCGUCCAUCGGGGCCAUGGCCAACGCUCUCGAGGCGGAUUUCGAAAAGUACAUGCAGAGCUUCUCCCCAUUCCUCCUCUCCGCCCUCAACAACCAAGAGGAACCUCAAGUCUGCGCCAUGGGCAUUGGGCUGGUGUCCGAUAUCACCCGGGCCCUGGAAGCUCGUGUGGCGCCUUUCUGCGAUCAGUUUAUGAAUUCGCUUCUGAACAACCUCCGGAGCACGACACUGGGCAAUCAAUUCAAGCCUGCGAUUUUGCAGUGUUUCGGAGAUGUCGCGCAGGCCAUCGGCGGCGAGUUCGAGACAUAUCUGUCCGUUGUUGCUCAGGUCUUGCAACAGGCGGCGGGUAUCACGGUUCAAAGCGAGAACUCUGCUAACUUUGAGAUGCUGGACUACGUCGUGAGCCUCCGAGAGGGCAUCAUGGACGCAUGGGGUGGUAUUGUGAUGGCGCUGCGGGCUGGAUCCAAAACAAAUCUGCUUCAGCCUUACGUCGAGUCCAUCUUCAGCCUUCUCAACACCGUGUAUCUUGACCCGAACCGCACCGAAGCUUUGUUGAGGGCGUCAAUGGGCGUGGUCGGCGACAUCUCCGAAGCCUUCCCCAACGGCGAAUACAGCCAUUACUUCCGCGCAGACUGGCUGACAGCCAUGUGCCGCGAGACGCGCGCGAACAAGGAAUUCGCACCGCGCACGCAAGAGACUGCUCGGUGGGCACGGGAGCAGAUCAAGCGUCAAGCCGGUAAGGGCCUCCAACCUCGGCGCCGUCACUGGACGGGCAACUCCUCACUCCCGACGGACUUUCGUGCACGCAUGAUCUACUAG